UAAACCUUUGAAAAGAUGGAGCCACAUUUGUAGGAAGAAAACAGAAACCGGUCUGUUUAUUACAACCACAUCUAACGGCUAUCGGAGGUUUCUGACCUAACCCCGGUUCUAUGAACCAAGUGCAAAAAUUAUCUCCUCACCACGUUUUCAAGUCAGGUGACCCCCUCAUGGGGUUGCGACUCCUAGUUUGGGAAACCCUGCUGUAGGCUGUCUCAUCAUCACCGGUGAUCAGGCCUACCACCGUCGUGUCGUCAGCAAACGUGAUGAUGGUUUUGGAGUCGUGCACGGCCACGCAGUGGUUGGAAACUACCUCCGUAUGUUCAGGGGCUCUCUGUAUAAAAGGUACCCAUCACUCUGGAGGAGGUUAGCCUCAGUAGAGGAAAGGAAGAAGAUUGUAGCAUCAUCACACGCCACAAGUGUGACUCUGCUGAAGGCGUCCGAAUGUGAAGAGAUCUUUGAGGGGAAUGAUGAGAAGUACAAAGCGGUUUCCAUAAGCACAGAGCUACCAGCGUACCUCAGGGAGCAGAAGGCGAAGAGGAGCAGCCAGUGGGUACCCACGCUGCCCAAUAGCUCCCACCACCUGGACGCUGUGCCCUGCUCCACCACCAUCAACCGCAACCGCAUGGGCCGCGACAAGAAGAGGACCUUCCCCCUGUGCUUUGACGACCACGACCCGGCGGUGAUCCACGAGAAUGCGUCUCAGGCCGAGGUGUUGGUUCCCAUUCGUCUGGACAUGGAGAUUGACGGGCAGAAGCUUCGAGAUGCCUUCACCUGGAACAUGAAUGAGAAGCUGAUGACUCCGGAGAUGUUUGCUGAGAUCCUGUGUGACGACCUGGACCUGAACCCCCUGGCCUUUGUCCCAGCCAUCGCCUCAGCUAUCCGUCAGCAGAUAGAGUCCUACCCCACAGACAGCAUCCUGGAUGAACAGACCGACCAGAGGGUCAUCAUCAAGCUGAACAUCCACGUUGGGAACAUCUCCCUGGUGGACCAGUUUGAGUGGGACAUGUCGGAGAGGGAGAACUCUCCGGAGACGUUUGCCCUGAUGCUGUGCUCCGAGCUGGGCCUGGGAGGAGAGUUUGUUACUACCAUUGCCUACAGCAUCCGCGGCCAGCUCAGCUGGCACCAGAGGACGUACGCCUUCAGGGCUGAUUUCAGUGAGAACCCCCUGCCAACGGUGGAGAUUGCCAUCCGCCACACAGGCGACGCUGACACAUGGUGCCCUCUGCUGGAGACCCUGACAGAUGCAGAGAUGGAGAAGAAGAUCAGGGACCAGGACAGGAACACCAGGCGAAUGAGACGACUUGCCAACACUGCCCCCGCCUGGUAGAGAGAAGCACCAAUAAGCUACUACAGAGCCUCUAGUCCAGUGGUUCCCAACCUUUUUGAACCGUGGCACACCUUGAUGGGAUAUACAAUUCUGCGGCACACCAAAAAUAUCCCUAUUAAUUUAUUUCGUGGUAAUGACCUCCAUCUGAUCUAUAUUGCAUAUCAUCUAUUUUCUGUGACAAAUGUUUAUUAAAUAGGGUUUGUUUUAA